AUGCCUGUACCUACAUGUCAGGAGCAGCGUCAGCAAGACUCUUCGGUAGCCGAACCAGCGAAUAAUCGAACGUGGGACAUAAUAGCUAUGAUCCGUGCAGCUGCCUCCGAGCUCCUUCAAGACGAAGCAUCGGACGAAGAAGUCGCUAGUAUCCUCGCUCGGAACCUGGAUGAGAUGAUUGAGAUAGCCAAGGGGGAUAACGAAUUCUCGCCAGAGGAUAUCCAACAGAUGAAGCAGUUCCUGUCUGACAACGGUUUCUACGAACACUGUCCAGGGGAAGGAGAAGACUCCGACACAGACUCCGAAAACGGACCAACAUGCUGUGAAAGACACUUCCAAGAAUGGUGCAAGGCUGAGGCAAGAGCCUCAGCCUCAGCCUCAGCCACCACCACCGUGACCAACUCUCACGAAGCGAAACUCACAGCUCUCUCCGCAGCAGCCAGCCAAUGGCUCGAGCUUCUCGAGAAACUCAUAGACGCAUGGAAUAUCUACGCACGAAUCGACCUGUACCUCCAAACAUUAGCUCAAACUCGUCCUGCGUUUGCUAAUGCAAAGACACUCUUGAGUAUGCUUCAUGCUCUUCCUAAGCUUCCUCGCCCUACAUGGAGUGGGCCUUCUUCUGCAUUGUCUGAUGGACGUCCGAUGGAUCCUCGGAAUAUUAUGGUGCAGGUGAUACAUAGUAUCGUUUGGUCCUCAAAUGGCGUGAUGCUCUUCCCGAAUGAUAUUGUUGAGAUCUUUAGUGAGGAUAUUAAGCGGUUUAGUGGAACUGUUAAUGUGCAGAAGGUGAUAACUCCAGAGCAAAGAGUGCGACUAGAACGAAUCAGGAGUUUCUUCUCCGAAAAGAAGAAACUCCUCUACCACACUCCCAAAUCCAACAAAUCCUUAUUCAAAGCCUCGAACAGCAAUAAUCGAAAGGCUGUAGUAUUAGAAGCGUACCACCUCAUUUCGAGACUGGCAGACUUCUACACGCCUUUCACGGAGCCUGAAUUCGUUGAGGCGUUGAGUGUUUUAAGACAGUUAAGGAGAGAGCUUCAGAAGGAGUUGAAUUGUGUGAUUCCAGAGGCGGAUUUUAUGAUGAAACCCGCCCAAAACUGUGACGAGGGAUCAACGCAAGAUUGGAGCGAAUUCUGA